AUGGAGCAGAAGAGCGUGUUGUUUUCCGCGUUAGGGGUUGGUGUCGGGUUGGGGAUUGGGCUAGCGUCGGGUCAGGGUUUGGGUAAAUGGGCAAACGGGUCGGUUUCUGCAGAGGAUGGGCUUACCGGAGAAAAGAUUGAGCAAGAGUUGGUGAGGCAGAUUGUUGAUGGAAGAGAGAGUGGUGUCACUUUCGACGAGUUUCCUUAUUUCCUAAGCGAGAAAACUCGGCUUCUAUUGACAAGCGCAGCUUAUGUACAUCUAAAGCAGUUUGAUAUCUCCAAGCACACACGUAAUCUUGCACCUGCAAGUAAGGCCAUUCUACUGUCUGGACCAGCUGAAUUCUAUCAGCAAAUGCUUGCAAAAGCAUUAGCUCAUUAUUUUGAAUCAAAACUAUUGCUACUAGAUAUAACCGACUUCUCUAUUAAGAUACAGAGCAAGUACGGAUGCAUCAAAAAGGAACCUUCUCACAAGAGGUCUAUUUCUGAGAUGACCUUGGAUAAAAUGUCGAAUUUGAUGGGUUCUUUCUCUAUGCUCUCCCAAAAGGAAGAAAGAAGAGGGACCUUGCGUAGGCACACCAGUGGCAAUGAUCUUAGCUCAAGGGGCUUUGAAGGUUCAAGUCAUCCUCCGAGACUCAAGCGAAAUGCAUCUGCUGCUUCUGAUAUCAGUAGCAUAUCUUCCCGUUCAGCAACUUCUGUCUCAGCUUCAAGCAAACGCAGUACAAACUUGUGCUUUGAUGAGAAACUUUUCCUUCAGUCACUUUACAAGGUAUUGGUUUCUGUUUCGGAAACCAAUCCUAUAAUAAUAUACCUGAGGGACGUUGAGAAGCUUCUUCAGUCAGAAAGGUUCUACAAGUUGUUCCAGAGGCUCUUGACUAAGCUAUCAGGCCCUGUUUUGCUUCUCGGCUCAAGACUAUUAGAACCCGAAGAUGACUGCCAAGAAGUAGGAGAGGGAAUUUCUGCUGUGUUUCCUUACAACAUCGAGAUCAGACCACCAGAGGAUGAAUCUCAACUCAUGAGCUGGAAAACGCGAUUUGAAGAUGAUAUGAAACUGAUACAGUUUCAGGACAACAAGAACCACAUAGCUGAGGUUCUUGCGGCUAAUGAUAUCGAAUGUGAUGACUUAGGUUCCAUAUGUCAAGCAGAUACAAUGUUCCUAAGCAGUCACAUUGAGGAAAUUGUGGUUUCUGCAAUCUCCUACCAUCUGAUGCACAACAAAGAGCCCGAAUACAAAAACGGGAGGCUUGUAAUAUCUUCCAAUAGCUUGUCCCAUGGACUAAAUAUAUUCCAGGAAGGUAACAGAUACCUUGAGGACUCUUUGAAGCUGGACAGAAACACUGAUUCCAAGGGAGAAGAAGGUGAAGGAAUAAUAAUGAGCGAGUCGAAAUCUGAGACAGCUGUUCCUGAAAACAAAAACGAGUUAGAAAGAUCGGUUCCUUCAGCCAAGAAUGAAUGUCCCCUGCCUCCAAAAGCACCUGUUAAUGAGGUGGCUCCUGAUAAUGAAUUCGAGAAGCGCAUAAGACCAGAGGUUAUCCCAGCGAAUGAGAUUGGUGUGACGUUUGCUGAUAUAGGUUCAUUGGACGAAACCAAAGAAUCUCUUCAAGAGCUUGUCAUGCUUCCUCUCCGUAGGCCUGACCUGUUCAAAGGUGGCCUUCUCAAGCCUUGCAGAGGAAUCCUCCUCUUUGGACCACCUGGUACCGGGAAAACUAUGAUGGCCAAAGCCAUUGCAAACGAAGCUGGAGCUAGUUUCAUAAAUGUUUCGAUGUCCACAAUCACUUCAAAAUGGUUUGGAGAAGAUGAGAAGAAUGUGAGAGCUUUGUUCACCCUCGCAGCUAAAGUGUCUCCGACUAUUAUAUUUGUGGAUGAAGUGGAUAGCAUGCUGGGGCAAAGGACAAGAGUUGGAGAGCAUGAAGCUAUGAGGAAGAUAAAAAAUGAGUUCAUGACUCACUGGGAUGGGCUUAUGUCAAAUGCGGGUGAUCGCAUUCUCGUUCUUGCAGCAACAAACAGGCCGUUUGAUCUAGAUGAAGCUAUCAUUAGGAGGUUUGAGCGAAGAAUCAUGGUGGGUCUUCCAUCAAUCGAGAGCAGAGAGAAGAUAUUGAGAACCUUAUUGUCAAAAGAGAAAACAGAGAAUCUUGAUUUCCAUGAGCUUGCACAGAUGACAGAUGGCUAUAGUGGAAGUGAUCUCAAGAACUUUUGCACAACAGCUGCAUAUCGACCAGUGAGGGAGCUGAUAAAGCAGGAGUGCUUAAAAGACCAGGAGAGGAAGAAGAGAGAGGAAGCAGAGAACAGUGAAGAGAGAUCUGAAUCACAAGAAGAAGUAUCUGAGGAGAGAGUCAUAACGCUGAGACCUUUAAGCAUGGAAGACAUGAGAGUAGCUAAAAGCCAGGUUGCUGCUAGUUUUGCAGCAGAAGGAGCAGGAAUGAACGAACUGAAGCAGUGGAACGAUUUGUAUGGAGAAGGAGGCUCCAGGAAGAAGGAACAGCUCUCUUACUUCCUUUAGGACCCC